UUGGUAUGACAGUCUCCACACGGCGCCAUAUUAGACGGAUUCAUCCAGCGGUACAUGCCGAGGACAGAGCGGAGGAAAGAGGGCAUUUACUCGACUGACAGUGCGCUCACACCUCCGUGCUGACCUGGAUAAACACUUCCGGUUAAUGCUGUAUGGUUUCCGAACACUAUCACGGUAACACAUCCCCGGCAGUUCGGUCUGAGGCGGGUUGUUUCGGUCGUUGUUGAGCUGACUCGCCGGCAGACAUGACUUCCCUCAGCCAGCGGACCUCGGGCCUGGUGCAGCGGCGGACUGAAGCCUCGCGCCUCGCCGCGGAUAAGGACCGUCCGAGCGGCCAGGAGGAGAGCGAGAGCCGGCGGGGGGAGGACCAGGACGACGACGACAGCGGAGACUCCAAAGAAACCCGUCUGACUCUGAUGGAAGAAGUGCUGUUGUUAGGACUGAAGGACCGAGAGGGUUACACCUCCUUCUGGAACGACUGCAUUUCCUCGGGUCUGCGCGGCUGCAUGCUGAUUGAGCUCGCUCUGAGAGGACGUCUGCAGCUGGAGGCCUGUGGCAUGAGGAGGAAAGGUCUGCUGGCCAGAAAGGUGAUCUGUAAGUCGGAUGCUCCGACAGGUGACGUUCUCCUGGAUGAAGCUCUGAAACAUAUCAAAGACACGCAGCCUCCAGAGACGGUGCAGAGCUGGAUCGAACUGCUCAGCGGAGAGACGUGGAACCCUCUGAAGCUUCACUACCAGCUGAGGAACGUGCGUGAGCGUCUGGCGAAGAACCUGGUGGAAAAGGGCGUCCUCACCACCGAGAAGCAGAACUUCCUGCUCUUCGACAUGACCACGCAUCCUCUGACCAACAACAACAUCAAGCAGCGGCUCAUCAAGAAGGUCCAGGAGGCCGUGCUGGACAAGUGGGUGAACGACCCCCACCGGAUAGACAAGCGUCUGCUGGCGCUCAUCUUCUUAGCCCAUUCCUCCGACGUGCUGGAGAACGCCUUCGCCCCGCUGCUGGACGACCAGUACGACCUCGCCAUGAAGAGAGUGAGACUGCUGCUGGAGCUGGAGCCCGAGGGCGAGAGCAUGAAGGCCAACGCCAACGAGCUGCUGUGGGCCGUGGUGGCCGCCUUCACCAAAUGAGGCCGGCGCCUGCGAUGAAGAUGGCGGUUUGACUUUACAGUGGCAUUGAACGCUGCGGAGGGACUCGGACAGACAUGGUGGCUGGACUUAACGCCAUGUUUGGACUUUUCAAACGAGCUGUCCUCCGUCUUUCUCUUUUUCUUUCCUUCCUGAUUGCUCAUUCUCUUCGUGUCGCCCCGUUGUGCCAUGUCUGUGGUCACUUUGCUAAAAAUAAGCGCUCUCAGCGGACGGUGAUGGUUGGAGUUCGACUGAAAUCAUCAGGUCCAUUCAUAUCUUCUUUUCUUUUCUGUCGCUUUAUCUUUGUUUCUCUGACGUCCGUUUGUUCCAGAGCGCUUGUGGGAAGGAAGUAGGCGGGAUCGUUAAUGGAUUUAUUUCUGCCAAAUUUGAUUGAAAUGACUGAAGAAUCACUUGACUUUUAAAGUUCGCUCCCUAACACAGAGUGUGAGCUAAUAUUUACUCAGCUGUUGCCUCUUUAAACACAUCAUCGAUUAUACAGCAGAGACACGGCGGCGGCAGACGGGCUCACCCGGACAUGACGCCUGUAAAACAAGGCCGACACAGGGCGGUGUGAGUCCACCUCGCCAGGAGAGGGUUUGGACCGUCGCAGGCAGACGCUCCCUUCUGGAUGUGGACUUCUCGCUCUAAGGAGACGGCGCUGACAGCAGAAGCCCCGCCCCGCCUGCCGUUCCAUCUCUCCUAGUUGAAGUUCUGUUGGGCAUGAUUAAUUUGUAACCAUGACGAUGAGCAGAGACGUGAAUAAAAGCUAGCUGUACCCAAA